AUGAGAGAAAUCGUCCACGUCCAGGCCGGUCAGUGCGGUAACCAGAUUGGAUCGAAGGUUCGCUUUUAAUUUAUUUUUUUAAUCUCUUUUUCGCUUCAGUCUUUUUCUAACCGAGGCUAAAGGCAGCAGUUUUUUUCUUAAUGCAUUUUAUUAUUCUUAAAAUGUAGUCGGAUGUUAAAACCAUUUUUAUCUGUCGAGAAACCAUUUGAAAAAAUUUCUAGACUAAAUUUGGCUUUUUUUUUCGUCAUUUACUUAAUAAUCAUCGAAAAGAAUUUUGUCAGGGGAUGAAUAAUAAAAAUGUUAACUUCAUAGGUUGGGUUCGUUUUAGAAAUUGAUACCGUGUUCAAGUGAUUCCACGAGAUUCAAAAUAUCAGUUAGUGAGUGAAAAAGAUGAUAAAUUUGAUCAUCUAUCAUAAAUAUAAUUGAAACUUCAUUACCGUUUUAUUUUUUACUUUUAUUGAUUUUCUGAUUAGUUUAUGAGAGCUUUAAGUAAAAAUUUUAGAAAGUGUUGUGACCCAGCUUUUUAGAGUUUCUAAUGAGAUAGAGAUAGUUUCAUAAAGCCGGAUAAAAAAUUUUCGCAAAUUUAAAGGUAUCUCUGGAUCUACAAAACUAAAUUAUCUUUUCCACUAUCUGAGGGAUAUUUUGAAUUUCUUUGAAUCCCAUUGAACACGGCAUGAGAUUUAUCUGUUUUUGGAAGUGUUUUUGUGCUUUCUGCAUAUCGGUUUAACAUGGGGGUCAUUCGAAAUUUUUCAAAGGUGAAUGGUAGACUCCGCUUUGCAACAGGCGAGAUUAACUUUUUUGUAAAGAAAAUUUCAGCAUAUUAACAUUAUUUUUUUUAGUUCUGGGAGGUCAUCUCUGAUGAGCAUGGUAUUGCUCCAGAUGGAACCUUCAAAGGAGAACAUGACCUACAACUCGAGCGUAUCAACGUCUACUACAAUGAGGCCAACAGUACUAAUAUUGUUAACUUACAUUUCAAGAUUUGUUCUUUUAUAGAUGGCAAAUACGUUCCACGCGCAGUACUUGUCGAUUUGGAGCCUGGCACUAUGGAUUCUGUUAGAUCUGGUCCAUAUGGAACGCUCUUCAGACCAGACAACUUUGUUUUCGGUUAGAUCUUAGUUUAAUAUUCUAGCUCUGAAUUUUUUCAAGGACAAAGUGGAGCUGGUAAUAACUGGGCGAAGGGACACUACACGGAAGGCGCCGAACUCGUUGACAACGUGCUCGACAUCGUCCGGAAGGAGGCUGAAGGAUGCGACUGCCUCCAAGGAUUCCAGCUGACUCAUUCUUUGGGAGGUGGAACAGGCUCUGGAAUGGGAACGCUUUUGAUCUCGAAGAUUCGCGAGGAGUACCCCGAUCGCAUCAUGUCCAGUUUCUCCGUAGUUCCCUCACCAAAAGUUAGUUUUUAAUAACGGUCGAAAUCACAAACGAUUCAAAUUGAGAAUUGAUUCGAUUUUUAGGUCUCCGAUACAGUUGUCGAGCCCUACAAUGCGACUCUAUCUGUCCACCAGCUCGUAGAGAACACGGAUGAAACUUAUUGUAUUGAUAACGAGGCCUUGUAUGAUAUUUGCUACCGCACCCUCAAGCUUUCUAACCCAACUUACGGCGAUCUCAAUCAUCUCGGUAGUUUUUUUUUUCAUUCAUUAACAAUUUAAUUCUUUUUUUUCAAGUUUCUCUCACUAUGUCCGGUGUGACGACGUGUCUACGAUUCCCUGGCCAGCUAAACGCUGAUCUGCGCAAGCUUGCCGUCAACAUGGUGCCGUUCCCACGUCUGCACUUCUUCAUGCCCGGCUUUGCCCCUCUUUCGGCAAAAGGCACUGCUGCUUACCGUGCUCUCACCGUCGCUGAGCUUACGCAACAGAUGUUCGACGCCAAGAACAUGAUGGCUGCUUGCGACCCAAGACACGGCCGUUACCUUACCGUCGCUGCCAUGUUCCGCGGAAAGAUGAGCAUGAGGGUGCGUGACGAGUUUAAUUUUUUAGAAUUACUGAAUUUGUUUAUUUUUAGGAAGUUGAUGAGCAGAUGCUAAAUGUGCAGAACAAGAACUCUUCGUACUUUGUUGAAUGGAUUCCAAACAAUGUGAAGACCGCCGUUUGCGACAUUCCACCAAAGGGUCUGAAGAUGUCGGCUACUUUCGUUGGAAACUCCACCGCUAUUCAAGAAUUGUUCAAGAGAAUCAGCGAGCAAUUCACUGGUAUCAGUUUUUUGUUGUUUCCAUUUUCUUAUCGAAAAUUUUGUAGCAAUGUUCCGCAGAAAAGCUUUCUUGCAUUGGUACACUGGUGAAGGCAUGGACGAGAUGGAAUUCACCGAAGCCGAAAGCAACAUGAACGAUCUUAUCUCCGAGUAUCAGCAAUACCAAGAAGCUUCCGCCGACGACGAAGCUGGCCUCGAUGGAUACGAAGGCGAAACUGGCGAGGCUUACGAGGAGGAAACUCAAUAA